CCCGCCCUCGACUGCGCCUGCGCGGAGCCCGUGGCCGCGCCUGCUCCCGCCGGGGGCUCGUCGCUCGCCGGGCCGCGGCCAUGGGGGAGGCCGAGGUGGGCGGCGGGGGCGCCGCGGGCGACAAGGGCCCGGGGGAGGCGGCCACCAGCCCGGCGGAGGAGACGGUGGUGUGGAGCCCCGAGGUGGAGGUGUGCCUCUUCCACGCCAUGCUGGGCCACAAGCCCGUCGGUGUGAACCGACACUUCCACAUGAUUUGUAUCCGGGACAAAUUCAGCCAGAACAUUGGGCGGCAGGUCCCAUCCAAGGUCAUCUGGGACCAUCUGAGCACUAUGUAUGACAUGCAGGCACUGCAUGAGUCCGAGAUUCUCCCUUUCCCAAACCCAGAGAGGAACUUCGUCCUUCCGGAAGAGAUCAUCCAAGAGGUCCGAGAAGGUGAGGCCCAGGCCCUAGGAAGGUCAGGUUUGGGAAUUAGAAAAGGCUGGUCCUGGGCAAAGGUUGGGGAGGUCAGGGUGAAGGUCAUGGCCUCCGGGAGGUGUGAGGGUCCAACACAGACCCCACCUCCACCCAUACGGUCUCGGGAGCCUCCGGGAUUGGAAAGGACUUCGUUGAAGAGCAGCUGCUGGGCAGAAGGAAAAGUGAUUAUUGAGGAAGAAAUGAAAGAGGAGAUGAAGGAAGACGUGGACCCCCACAGCGGGGCUGACGACGUUUUUUUAUCUUCAGGGAGCUUGGGGAAAGCAGCAGAAAAAUCUAGCAAAGACAAAGAGAAGAACUCAGACUCGGGGUGCAAAGAAGGGGCGGACAAGCGGAAGCGCAGCCGGGUCACGGACAAAGUCCUGACUGCAAACAGCAACCCCUCCAGCCCCAGCGCCGCCAAGCGGCGCCGAACAUAGACGCCUGUGCAGGCAGGGCCGGGCCGCCCCCAGCGCACAGGAACUGUCCUGAUGCUGCGCACCCCACUGCCGCCGGCUUCCUCUGGAGCGAGGCCGGCAGGCCAGGCUCCAGUCAGACCGGCUGGGGCCCUGGUGGACCCAGAAAACCAGGCUCGACCCAGGCCAGCAGUUGAGGGCUCUGAGUCUGCACUCCAUCUCCUCCCGAGCACCCGUGGCUCCCCGUGGCCUCGGAUUAGCUCCACGUGUGCGGCACCUUUGGGAUCCAGGCCCCUCGGAGCGGGGUGGAGCCGGGAGAAGCCCCAGGAUUAGCAAGCAAUACAAACUCCGACCUCACUCUGUCCUCAGAAGGAAACACUCGUCUUCCCUGCGUGACUGUCCUUUCCGUCCGUCUGUCCCUCUGUGAGCCUGUCUGCACUGACUGCAACGUCAGGAUGUGGCCUUCCUGUCUGUCGCCCGUGCACGCGCCACAGCCCCUCCCCUCCUGGGAAACUCAGAACCAGAUACUUUGCCUCAUUCACUUGUACUGUAAGGAUGUAUAUAAUUUGGUUGGUAUCUCACUAUUUAAUUUUUAAGAAGCCUAUUUUACUAGUGUUUUAUAUGAAAAAAUACUGGAGAAGUUAAAUCUGUGUCGUAUUUUCCUGAGAUGUUUUGUUUUAAGGUAAUGACUACUGAGAUACUUUUUGCUCAGUUUUUAUAUGCCAGAUACAGAGAAUUUGUAGCGGUUAUUUUUGUAUUACCUAGUGACAGCGGACAGACCAGAUGCGUGGGUGGAGGGGCAGGUGCCACCGUUGGGCUGGCGAGAAGGUGCCCAGUGCUGAUUGAGAUACACUUUCAUUUGACUGCAGAACAUUAAAGCACAAAAAAAUCAA